AUGAAAAAAAAAAACGUAUUUUUAAACAAACAUCAUAUUAAAAAUAAAAACUUCCAGAGAAAGAAACAAAAGUAUUUUACUGAUAAAAAGUUUUUACGAAAAUUUAAAAAGAUUAAAGAAUUAAAUGAACCCCAAACUGAAAUUAUUAAAAGUGACCCCAUCAAAAAUUUCUUUUUUACUCCAACUACUGAAACAGAUAAAAAAGAAAAGGACAUAAAUGAAGAUAAUAACAAAGAUACGAGUAUAAAUAACGAGAGAGAAAUAAAAACAUCUGAUAGUUUAGAAGAUAUUGACUCAGAAAAUGAUAAUCAAAAUGUAAGUUCCAAAUAUAAUAACACAAAAAAAAAAGGAGGUAAAACUGAUAUUUAUAGGAAAGAAUUAAGUUUGGUAGAAAAAAAUAAACAAGGACAAUUAUCUAAAGAAGAGAAAGAAGAAUUAUUUUUAAAAAAAAAAAAAGAAAAAGAUGAAAAAAAAAAAAUACGAUUUCAAAAAUUUAAAAAGUUAAAUCAAAAAACGAAAAAAGGACAACCUGUUAUGAAAAAUUUAAUAAACCAUUUAAUAAAAAAAAUAUAA